CGGGAGCGGGGCUGCCUGGGGAGGUGGAGGCACGGAAAGGUGGCUGGAUUGGGAGCUGGGAGCACAUCCCAGGAGCUCAGCAGAGUCGCUCCCACAUCCCUGCGGGGCACAGAGCCAGCCCUGAGAAGAGCAGCAGAGAGCAGCCUGUCGCUCCUGACACCCAGCAUGGCAUCACCCAUGAGGAGUUUGAUCGGUGAUCCUGACAGAUACCUCCAGUCAUUCCGCCUCUUCCUGGAGAGGUCCACGGAGCACCAGAGCAUGCAGGAGUUCGUGGAGAGGCAGCUGCCGGCUGUGAUAGCCAGUGUUGGAAAUGGGAAGUCUACAAUCAAUGUUCUAAGCGUUGGUGGUGGAUCAGGUGAGAUGGACUUGCAGAUCCUCUCAAAAAUCCGAGCCAGAUAUCCUGGGGUCACCAUCAACAAUGAUGUGAUAGAACCAAGUGCUGACCAAAUCUCCAAGUACAAAGAGCGUGUGGCUCAGGCAUCAAACCUCGAGAACACAAAGUUUACCUGGCACAAUGAGACAGCUUAUGAAUAUGAAAGUCGAAUGAAUGCAGAAAAGAAGACUAAAAAAUGGGACUUCAUUCACAUGAUCCAGAUGCUCUAUUAUGUGAAAGAUAUCCCAGCAACUAUCCGGUAUUUCCACAGCCUCCUGGAAUCGCAGGGGAAGCUCCUCAUUAUCCUGGUGUCAGGGAAGAGCGGCUGGGAAACGCUGUGGAAGAAGUAUGGGUCUUCUUUUCCUUUAGAUCUUUGCUCUUUUGUUUCCUCUGCUGAUUUGCCAAGGAUGCUGGAUUCAGCUGGGCUGAAGUACCAGCUCUACGAGCUCCCAUCCCACAUGGACAUAACGAGCUGCUUUAUUGAAGGGGACAAAGAUGGGGAGCUCUUGCUGGAUUUCCUGACAGAAACAGUUGAUUUUGCUAAAACUGCCCCUCCUGAACUAAAGCAUCAGGUAAUGGAAGAGUUAAGAAAGCCUGGGUGCAGUGAAAUCAAAGAUGGGAAGGUGAUUUUCAGGAACAACCAGGGUGCAAUAGUGAUUGAGCCAUGAGUUAACCUCUUCUCCUUGAUCCAAGGCAAAGAGAUACAAACUCUUAACAGCUGAAAUGCAUUCUUUAAUCUUUUAUAAACAGCUUACUUUACUUCAGCACUAAUAAUAAUUUUUGGAACUUGUUAAGAAAUCAGGAUUAACAUUUGCUGUUAUAAGAUAGCUUUAAUACUUGAUUACCUCUACAUUAACCUAUGAAUGUGUUACUCACCAGGCAGUAAAUGGUGCUUUAUCAUACAGAUGUUGUGUAUGAUAUAUAUGAGCUAUAACUCAGGCCAUCCACUGCAGAAACCUAACCAUUUCCUAAGGAAUAAUCCAGAACUACACGUGAUUCCACCAUCUUCAUUGAAAAACCCUCUGCAGACUAAAAAAGCAAAUUGCAAUUUCUUGGUGCAGCUGGCAGGAGCCCAGGCUCAGAGUGACCAACAUUGGGUGGAUCUUUGAUGGGAUUUCUUGAGCUUGUGGAUUCAAGAUCUCAUACCUGCAGCUAGGGCAAAAGUGACCUCACCUGCAUGCUCAGUGCUCCUGCCUCUGGAGCACCUCUGUUUAAUGGCACUGCUUCCCCUUUCUGUAUUUUUACUUUGUGAUGUGUCUGCAGAGCCAGUUGUGUGCCAGGUCCAUAGUGGCACUACAAGGGGGAAGCAAGGGGAGAUGGUUGAGGCACAGGGAUUAUAACAAUUACAUAUACAGGGAUUGUAACAAUUAUAUACACAGGGAUUAUAACAACUGUCCUGGAGAGGUGGACUUCAGUGGUGAGCCCUGAUGCAAAGGCUUUGUUAAGAAUCAGCUGCUGCAGUCACACAGAGCUUUUUUUUGUAUUUUUAAUUAACCAAAAAAAUCAUUCUAGUCCCAGCCUUCCCCUAGCCUGUGAGCUUUGUAAUAAGGAAAAUGUAAAAAUAAACUCUGAUACCAAAAUGA